UGAAAAUGCUACCUUUAUAAUUAAUUAUAGUUGAAUAAAGAAGAGCAAACGAGUGAACAGAUAGUCAUGUGGAACGAAGUACAAAGUUGCGGCAUUGUUUUAGCAAACCUCAAAUAAAGUGCAAUGAAUCAAAGUCCGUGAAAUACGCCACAGUUUUGACAAUUAGCGACGAGCAAUUAACACUGCCACCCCUCUUGCUACCUCCCCCGCCCCUCGCUAUAAAUUCUUAGUCUCCUCUUCACAUUCUCCAUUGAUUCCUACAGAGAAUCGAUCUUCCCUCCAAAAUUACUUCCUUUGAUGAACAAAUUAGAUCCAAUUUAGGACAAGUUAUCUGACAAAAAUAAAGGAUGUCUUUUAACAUUACCUCCAUUAAAACCUCGUCAAAUGGAGCUUGGCAAGGUGAUAAUCCUCUCAAUUUUGCCUUCCCAUUGUUAAUAGUUCAAACCACUUUAAUCCUUGUCCUUAGCUGCUUCCUUGCUUUCCUUCUCAAACCCCUUCGCCAACCCAAAGUCAUUGCUGAAAUAGUUGGGGGAAUUCUUCUUGGGCCGUCAGCUUUUGGUCGAAGCAAAGACUACUUGCAUCGAAUAUUUCCGUCAUGGAGUAUGCCGGUGCUCGAAACCGUGGCAAGCAUUGGUCUUCUUUUCUUCCUUUUCCUUGUAGGUCUCGAGCUCGAUUUAAGUUCAAUUCGUCGAAGUGGAAGGAAGGCCUUUGGCAUAGCAUUCUUCGGAAUAUCCCUACCGUUCAUCUGUGGCAUAGGCGUUGCAUUUGUCCUUAGGAAAACCGUUGAUGGAGCCGACAAAGUCGGGUACGGUCAGUUCCUAGUCUUCAUGGGAGUAGCACUCUCCAUCACUGCUUUCCCUGUUCUCGCCCGAAUUUUAGCAGAGCUCAAAUUGUUAACAACCCAAGUGGGAGAAAUCGCCAUGGCUGCAGCUGCGUUCAACGACGUCGCUGCAUGGAUUUUAUUAGCUCUAGCCAUUGCUCUCGCUGGAAAUGGCUCUGGUGAACACAAAAGCCCCUUAAUAUCAAUCUGGGUCCUUCUCUCAGGUGUUGCUUUUGUUGUUUUUAUGUUGUUAGUAAUCCGCCCCGCCAUGAAAUGGGUGGCUCGCCGGUGCUCCCCAGAGCGACACGUCAUCGACGAGGCAUAUAUUUGUUUAACCUUAGCUGGUGUAAUGGUAUCCGGAUUCAUAACUGACCUGAUUGGAAUACAUUCAAUCUUUGGUGCCUUUAUUUUUGGACUAACAAUUCCUAAAGAAGGAGAAUUUGCAGAGAGAUUGAUAGAAAGGAUUGAAGAUUUCGUAUCGGGUUUGCUUCUUCCGCUUUACUUUGCGUCUAGUGGGUUGAAAACAGAUGUGGCUAAAAUUAGUGGUGGGAGGGCUUGGGGCCUAUUGGCUCUGGUUAUAUCGACGGCCUGCGCAGGGAAGAUCAUAGGGACGUUUGCCGUAGCUUUGAUGUUUAGCAUGCCCGUGAGAGAGUCGUUGGCGCUUGGCGUUUUAAUGAAUACUAAAGGAUUGGUUGAACUCAUUGUUCUCAACAUUGGGAAGGAGAAGAAGGUGCUUAAUGACGAGACUUUUGCUAUUUUGGUCCUCAUGGCACUCUUUACCACCUUUAUCACAACACCAAUCGUUUUGGCCAUCUACAAGCCGGCACGCGGUUCCUCAGCCCUCCCUCGCCGGAAAUUACGUGACUUGACCAACACCGACAAGUCCAAAGACGAGCUUAGGGUCCUGGCUUGCCUCCAUGGCCUUAGCAAUGUGCCUUCAAUCAUCAGUCUUAUUGAGUCAACUAGAAGCACCAAAAAAUCCCAACUCAAGCUUUUCAUUAUGCACCUUGUUGAACUCACGGAACGUUCUUCUUCAAUCAUCAUGGUCCAUCGGGCUCGAAGAAAUGGGCUUCCUUUCAUUAACAGGCUUCGCAGGGGAGAGUGGCAGGACCGAGUUGCAGGAGCUUUCCAGGCCUACAGCCAAUUAGGUCGAGUCUCAGUUAGGCCCACAACAGCCAUCUCUGCAUUGUCCACUAUUCAUGAGGAUAUUUGCCACGUGGCAGAGACCAAAAGGGUGACAAUGAUCGUCUUGCCUUUCCACAAACAAUGGAAGAGAGAGGGCGAGCAGCAAACAGUAGAAAAUGUGGGCCAUGGAUGGAGACUGGUUAAUCAAAGGGUGCUAAGGAGCGCACCAUGUUCAGUGGCAGUGCUCGUGGAUCGUGGAUUUGGUAACGAAGCCCAGAGUCCUGCGCCCAUUUCCACUACGGCUCAUAGGGUGUGCAUCUUGUUCUUUGGUGGGCCUGAUGAUCGUGAGGCUUUGGAGUUGGGUGGUAGAAUGGCUGAGCACCCAGCGGUUAAAGUCGUCGUUGUAAGGUUCGUUGAAAAGGACGGAUUAGAAGGAGCUGGGGUAACGCUGAGGCCUUCAGCAAGCAAGUCCAGUGAAAAGCAUUACAGCUUCUCCACCGCCAAAAUGAACAGUGAAAAAGAAAAGGAAUUGGAUGAGGCUGCAGUGGCAGAGUUCAGAAGCAAAUGGGAUGGAAUGACAGAGUACAUAGAGAAGACGGCCACCAGCGUUGUGGAGGAAGUUCUAGGACUAGGACAAUGUGGGGAUUAUGAUCUUAUAGUAGUCGGAAAAGGGAGGUUCCCAUCACCCAUAGUGGCAAUAUUGGCUGACCGCCAAGCUGAGCAUGCUGAAUUAGGGCCCAUAGGAGACUUGUUGGCCUCAUCAGAUCGCCGUGUUUCGUCAUCGGUGCUGGUAAUUCAACAGCACGACACGGCACAUAUGGAGGAAACGCCAGUUGCAAAGGUAAUUCAAAAUGAUUUUGACAAGCUCAAGGGUGAAGCAAGUGCUGGUGUUGGAGAGAUUUCAAAGGUUGUGUAAUUACAAUUAACUUGGCAUUCAGCAAAUGCAUAUGUCUGUUGCCACAGUUCAUUUCAAGGGUUUUUUUUUUUGUUUUUUUUAAUAAUCUUGAAUAUGCAUUAUAUAUAUAUAUAUA